AUGGCCCGUUUCAGAUUCUUCUUUGCAGUAAAAAUAUUUCUUAUAUUUCAUCUCGCAGCGAUCUCUUUUGCUUCUUCCUAUGGCUCAAUUCAGCUCGGCGACCAAUGCUCGUCCGACGAAGAAUGCAACGUUGGACUUGGUUGUUUUAAAUGCGGCAUCGACGUUGCUAGAUGCGUUAGAUCAAACGUCACAGAUCAAUUCUCCGUCGUGAACAAUUCGAUGCCAUUUAAUAAAUACGCAUUCUUGACGACCCACAAUUCAUAUGCCAUUGAAGGAAAACCACUUCAUGUGGCAACCCAAGAAGAUACUAUAACCCAACAACUCAAUAGCGGUGUUCGAGCGUUGAUGUUGGAUACGUACGAUUACGAAGGAGACGUAUGGUUGUGCCAUUCCUUUAACGAAAAAUGCUUUGAGUUCACCAAGUUUAAUCGGGCGAUAUACACAUUCGAGGAGAUAUUCGCGUUCUUGACAGCGAAUCCAUCAGAGAUCGUGACAUUAAUUUUGGAGGACUACGUCAAAUCUCCAAACGGGCUAACCAAAGUUUUUACCGAAUCCGGUUUGAAGAAAUUCUGGUUUCCGGUUCAAAAUAUGCCUAAGGCUGGCCAAGAUUGGCCGUUGGUUAAAGAUAUGAUUGCUAAUAACCACCGGUUAAUCGUCUUCACUUCAGCUAAAUCUAAGCAAGAAACCGAAGGAAUAGCUUACCAGUGGAAUUAUGUAGUGGAAAACCAAUAUGGAGACAAUGGAGUUAAGCCUUGGGAAUGUAGCAAUAGAGCAGAAUCUGCACCUUUAACCGAUAAAACCAAAGCUUUGGUUUUGGUAAACCACUUCAGGACAGUUCCGGUUAAGAUCUUGACUUGUGAGGAGAAUUCUAAACAUCUUCUCGACAUGAUUAAGACAUGUUACGUAGCCGCAGGGGACCGAUGGGCCAAUUUCGUCGCCGUCAAUUUUUACAAGAGGAGUGAUGGAGGAGGAACAUUUCAAGCAGUGGAUAAACUAAACGGAGAGCUUCUUUGUGGACGCGAUGAUGUUCAUGCUUGUUAA